AACACAUUGCCACAAAAGAUUAACAACUUUAAUUUAAUAUUGCAUAUUUGUCAGUCAUUUUUAAUAGCAUGUGCCAAUCCUGUGUUUUGAACUUUGGUGGUGACGCUACUACUUUUUUCAUUUACAGAAGGUGCCGUGAAGUUUCAUUUUGUCUGUCAAGAGAGUUUGUCUGGAAGGGUUAAUCCAAGGCAAAAUCUUCCCAAGAGUCUCCCUGCAAAGAUCUCAUCUGCAGGAUGCCUGAGCAUGUGCAAGAGAGGAAACCAAAGAUCUCAGCUUCAAGGAAGCUGAUGCUCAAGAGUCUGAUGGUGGCAAAGGCCAAGGAGGAAUUGGAGCAGGAGAUCGUUGUCAAAGAUGAGGAGAAGCAGAAGUAUCUGGCAGAGAGAGCGCCUCCUCUAAACACCAGUGGUAUGAGCCUUGCACAGCUACAGGAUCUCUGCAGAGAGCUCCAUGCCAAAAUAGAUGUAGUGGAUGAGGAGCGAUAUGACAUUGAAGCCAAAGUCAUGCUCAACACACGUGAGAUUAAAGAUCUGAACAUCAAGGUGUUGGACCUCAGGGGGAAAUUCAAGAGGCCUAAUCUUCGACGUGUUCGUGUGUCUGCUGACGCUAUCCUCCGUUCACUGCUGGGCUCCAAGCACAAAGUCUCCAUGGACCUCAGGGCUAACCUCAAGUCUGUCAAGAAAGAGGACACUGAAAAGAAGAGGCCAGUAGAAGACAGUGACUGGAGGAAGAAUGUGGAGGCCAUGUCAGGGAUGGAGGGAAGGAAGAAGAUGUUUGAUGCUGCUAAGGGUCCUGCUCAGUGAACAUAGAAGGUGGGUUGGUGUCAUGUGAGUGCCAACGCUCCUCCUGUGCCUGAGAUGGUUUUUUUUAGUUUUUUUUGUAGCUUCUGCAUUUCUGUCUCAUGCUGUCGUUAUUGGGUAUGCUCCUGCCAUGGAGGUGAAAAGAUGUCCCCAGAUUCCUGAAAGGUUUUCUCCUCUUCUGUUUGCUGUUCAUUGAUAAGGUGUUAAAAAUAACUAUACCUAUGUUCGGUUUACAAUCAUUAUUGUUCUCAUGACUUAUAUUGCACCUGAACCCCAGUUAUUCAGACGUCUUAUGUUUGCAAAAAAAUGUCAAAACGUGCAUCUUGUAUUCCUAAUAAACAAAUGUGGAUGGUAUUGGGACUUAAACAGGAGGCCUGAUGAUAGUAUAGCCAGUGCUCUGGACAAAUUAAAUUGCAUAUUUGAUAUUCUUGCUUGGGGAUAAACUGUAAGCAUGGGUUGUGGUUUUAUGAACUGUAACAAAAUAAUGUACACUUCAUCAGGUGUAUUUUCAUGACAAUAA